GCGGGGCGUGCGCGGCCCGAGCGAGUGUCCGCCACCCGCGCUCGAGUCCGCCGUCCGCAGCCGGAGCCGCACCCGCCGCGGUCGGAGCCCAUGCACCGGGGGAGCCGCGCGCCCCGGCCCCCGCCCCGGCCCCGGGGGUAGUCGCGCCUGUGAGCGGUGGGACAGGAGGCCACCGCAGCAUCCUGAGCCGCAGCCCCAGGAGCGAUGACCGAGUACAAGCUGGUGGUGGUGGGGGCCGGAGGUGUGGGGAAGAGCGCCCUGACCAUCCAGCUCAUCCAGAACCACUUCGUGGACGAGUACGACCCCACCAUCGAGGACUCCUACCGGAAGCAAGUGGUCAUUGACGGGGAGACGUGUCUGCUGGACAUUCUGGACACGGCGGGCCAGGAGGAGUACAGUGCCAUGCGGGACCAGUACAUGCGCACCGGGGAGGGCUUCCUCUGUGUGUUCGCCAUCAACAACACCAAGUCUUUCGAGGACAUCCACCAGUACCGAGAGCAGAUCAAGCGGGUGAAGGACUCGGACGACGUGCCCAUGGUGCUGGUAGGGAACAAGUGUGACCUGGCUGCACGUACUGUGGAGUCUCGGCAGGCGCAGGACCUCGCCCGCAGCUAUGGCAUCCCCUACAUUGAGACUUCCGCCAAGACGCGCCAGGGCAGCCGCUCUGGCUCUGGCUCUGGCUCCAGCUCCGGGACCCCCAUGACCCAGCUGCCCCUCGCGCUGGCGUGGAGGACGCCUUCUACACGCUGGUGCGUGAGAUCCGGCAGCACAAGGUGCGCAAGCUGAGCCCGCCGGACGAGGGCGGCCCUGGCUGCAUGAGCUGCAAGUGCCUGCUCUCCUGACGACCCUGUGGGUCCUGUGUGCCCGCCCCGCACAGGAGCCCCGGAGGUGCCGGAUGCCGGGAGGAGGGGAAGGAAGGAAGGAAGUGCCGCCAAAGCCCGGCCAGCCCAGGGCUGGGGACAGAGCGACCGUGGGCCUCCCAGGAUGCUUUGCACAGACUGGUGAACUGAGGCCUCCGGCCCCAGCCGCGCCUCUAUUUGCAGCCCGGCCCGGCCCACUGGGCGCAGGUUCUGUUGCAGUAAAUUAUUUGAUGGUCUUGA